GAGAGAGAAUCAGCUGCAUUGGCUUGUCGUAGGAUGAAAGGCAGACAUACAUACGAUGUUUUAGCUCAGGCAAUUAAUUCCGUUUUUCUCGAAUACCACAUCCAAAAUAAAGUAUGUGGCACGACAACCGACAAUGGAUCAAAUUUUGUUAAAGCCUUUCGAAGUUUUCAAAAGGAUGAAGAUAAUGUCGAUAAUGAAGAGACUACUGUAGAAUUUCAUAGCCUAUAUGAUCUUUUAAUUACGGAUGAUGUGGAAAAUCUAGAUGUAGAAAAUUUUACUCUUCCACCACAUAAUAGAUGUGCGAGUCACACAUUGAAUCUUGUUGCAGUAAAAGAUUCUGAGAAAGCAUUGGACAGUGAUGUUGUAUACAAGAAAAUAUAUAGAACAACAUUUGCCAAACUAAUAAAGCUUUGGAAUAAACAAAAUCAGUCUACACAAGUGGCUGAUAAAAUAAAAGAUGUUUGUGGUGUCUACUUAAAAACUCCUGUUGUUACUAGAUGGAAUUCUACUUUUGAUUCAGUAUUGCAACUGGUAACACUUCUAAAAGAUGGUUCUGAAAAAAUUAAUCAGUGUCUGGAUCAUUGCAAUUUACAAAGGCUCUCAGAGAUCGAAAUGAAAUUCAUGGAAGAAUAUUGUCAGAUUAUGGAACCUUUGGCACGAGCAUUGGAUAUAUUACAAGGAGAAUCAGGAAUGUACAUGGGAUUUUUAUUACCGGUCUUGAAAACUUUACAAGAAAAACUGGAAAAAUUCAACAAAAGUGGAAUUUUUACGCAUUGCCAGCCAUUAAUUACAGCUAUUCAACAAGGUUUAAAUAAAAGAUUUUCGACAUUAUUCGAGAAAAAGGACUUAAUCAUCGCAAGUUGUUUGCAUCCAAAAUUCAAGUUGAACUGGAUAAAUGGAGAAAAAAGAAAACUUGCUAAAAAUUAUUUAGAAGAAUUAUUAGGCAUAAAAUCUCCUGAUAAUUCUCCAGUUAAUGAAAAAUCGAACGAUCACGAUGACUUUUUUGAUUUUAAUCAGCAAACCGACGAAGUCGAAUCGUUACAAGAAGAAUUGUACCGUUUUUUAAAAUCCAACAAUACCAAUAUUAAUAUGUUAAAUGAUUAUAUUAGAAUAAAAAAAUUUUUUAUUGAAUAUAAUACGGCACUUCCGAGUAGUGCAUCCGUCGAACGAAUGUUUAGCGUCGGUGGUUCCAUAGUAACGCCACAUAGAGGGAAUCUUAAUGAUGAUACAAUAGAAUAUCAAAUUCUCUUAAAAAUUAAUAAAAAAUUUUGGAUAAAUUAAAGAUUUUUUUGUUCUGAUAUUACUGAUAUAUGCUUCUGAUAUAUGUAUUUAAACGCGCAUUUUCUUUUUUUAAAUAAAAUUA